UAGUUGAACUGUAGCAUGACAGACACCCUGCAGCUGUGACUUAGAUUUGCACUAAUGACUAUCAUGAUGAUCCGUUAGUGGGUUAAUAAAUAGCAGUGUGUUGGGGUGGUCACAAAUGGGAAACGCCGUGUUGGUCAGAUGACUGUCAUGUACAUAAAGGGCUACGCGUGCUAUUCUGGGUCAGACUUCAGCCUCCGUUCAUCACAGCGACAGGCUCUCAGUUGCAACCUCUGCUCCUCCGUUCAGGUUCCCUGCAAACCCAGCCAACAGCGGAGGACCUUAUCAUUUUCAAGCGCUAUGGAACUGUCACUGGCUCACCCGGCUGUUAAAGCCUUUGUGUGUGGCUCCUUCAGUGGGACCUGCUCCACCCUGCUCUUCCAGCCUCUGGACCUGGUCAAGACCCGUCUGCAGACCUUGCAGAGUGGCAUGCAAGCAGGGUCAACCCGGGUCGGGAUGAUGUCGGUGCUGCUCGGCGUGGUGAGGAAAGAGCGACUGCUGGGACUCUGGAAAGGUGUUUCACCGUCUUGCAUCCGUACCAUCCCAGGAGUGGGAAUCUACUUCAGCUCCUAUCACUCCCUAAAGCAGCACUUCUUCCAGGACAACAGGCCAGGAGCUGCACAGGCUGUGAUGCUGGGUGGGGGGGCUCGGACCAUAGCAGGGGUCGUCAUGCUGCCCAUUACCGUCAUAAAGACACGUUUUGAGUGUGGCAGGUACAGCUACGUGAGCGUGAGCGGAGCCCUGCGCAGCGUGUGUCAGAGUGAAGGUCCUGCAGCUCUGUUCUCCGGCCUGGUGGCCACUCUGCUCAGAGACGUUCCUUUCUCUGGGAUUUACGUCAUGUUUUACAGCCAGACCAAGGCCUCGCUGCCUGAAGAGAUCAGAUCAUCUCCUUCAGCUCCUCUUGCUAACUUCGGCUGCGGCGUUCUGGCUGGUGUUCUGGCCUCUCUGAUCACGCAGCCUGCUGAUGUGGUUAAAACACACGUCCAAGUGAAUCCCCAGCUGAGGACGGCAGAGGCCAUCAAGUAUAUCUGCAAGGAGCACGGGCUGCAGGGCUUCUUCAGGGGAGCAGUUCCUCGGUGUCUGAGGAGGACGAUGAUGGCCGCCAUGGCCUGGACCGUGUACGAGCAGAUGAUGGCACACAUUGGACUCAAGUCCUGAGGGAAAAAGGCCGAUUAAAAGCUCUAAAGGGAAGAUAAACAGCAAGUCGGAGUGACGAGUUGGAAGAGAGCAGAGAAAAGAGCCGCUUCAGAGGGAGUCGUCAGGAAAGCGUUUCUCUGUCAGUCAGGAAACAGGCUGGUGAGCAGAGAGCAACGUUUCCAUGAGCUAAAGAUGAGGAAUGGUACAUUUGCCUGCAGAUGGUAGAAAAGGAAGUGGAUCUGUGAUGGGCCGAGCUGAAAAGCAGGAAUUGAUUUAGUAAUAAAAAGGA